CAUGCGUACAGGUCUAGUGCACGGCCACAAAAUUAUGCCGAAAGUACGGAGAAGUAGGAAGAGGCCACCAGAGGGAUGGGAGCUCAUUGAACCCACACUCGAUGAGCUGGAUCAGAAGAUGAGAGAGGCUGAAACUGAGACACACGAAGGUAAAAGGAAGGUAGAAGCCAUGUGGCCAAUAUUCAGGAUACAUCACCAAAGGUCAAGAUAUAUUUUUGAUUUAUUUUACAAACGACGAGCCAUCAGCAGAGAACUCUAUGACUACUGCCUUAAUGAAGGAAUAGCAGAUCAAAAUCUGAUAGCCAAGUGGAAAAAGCAAGGAUAUGAGAAUCUAUGCUGUCUUCGCUGCAUUCAAACCAAAGACAUGAAUUUUGGUUCAAAUUGUAUUUGCCGUGUACCGAAGAGCAAACUAGAAGAAGGCAAAAUUGUUGAAUGUGUUCACUGUGGUUGCCGGGGUUGCUCUGGAUAACAGCUAAGGAUCUAAUUACUAGUAUUACUCUUUGUAUUGCAUCUUAAAGUAGUAGACACGUAUGUCAGCCUAUGUGCUAAGGUAUAAACAAUUACUGGAGAUCAGCUUGUCUUCCUCUAUAGUUGAAAUCAGUUUCAUGUUAAUGAUAGCUAACUUCAUGUAAGGUGGAGAAUUGUUUCUCACCUGAAUGUUUGAUGUCAUUCUGUUAAUAAAUUGCUAUACUUGAUCACAA